GCUCAUUUCAGUCAGCGGGAGUCUGGACAAUCUUGAAAAAAUGAGUCGAGAAGCUGAACAUGGUGUUGAUGUGUCUGGCCUGAAACUGAAAGUGGAGGCACUGGAGCAUGAACUGAAGAUGUGCAGGGCAGAGCUCCAGAAACUCCAACAUCAACUUAGUCAAAGACAACAGCAUGAAAACACAGAUGACUACAAUGAAGAUCUCAGACAGCAGGUUAACAAAUUAAGUGCUGAGCUUUAUGCACAACAGAAGCAAGAGAAAAAACAGACAGAUGCAGAGACACAGACAGAGCAUCACACUUGGACAGAGAUAGAUCACAACAGGUAUGACUUUGGAGGUUACCAUUGUUCUAAGACAGAAAUGGAAGUUUUAGAAGAUGCUGCUGCUGAAAAUUCUAGUGCUGUUUACCGUAACAUGAGCCUGUGCGAUGGCAGUAAAGAAAGUGGGAACAUAGAUUCCAAUAAUUCUCUUCAGCCACAGACAGGUAAUAGUGGCUCUAUUGCUGAUGUGCUGCGUGCCACUGCUGAAGAGGCCCUAUGUCAUACAGGAUUUGUUUUUGAUGAGAACUCUGGAAUGUACUUUGAUCACAGCACUGGCUUUUUCUAUGAUUCGGUAAAUCAGCUCUACUAUGAUGCCAACACAGGGAUAUACUACUACUAUGAUGCUGACAGUGGAAAAUAUCAGUUCCAUUCAAGGAUAGAACUUCCCAGCACACAAGAUUUGGCUCAGGACCACGAGACGGACAAGAAAAACAGUCAAAAGAACACGGUUGGUGCUCUUGAACACAAAGAUGGGGACAGGGUAGGAGAAGGACUGAUGAGUGUCAAUCAUGAGUUUGACACAUUGGAUGUAGUGUGCCAGAAGAGGAAGGAACGUGUGACAAGGAAAUGCAGACAAUCAUGCACCACAGAACAUGUUAAAAAAAAGAAGACAUCCAAAAAAAGCUGCCAUAGCCAAAGCCCCCAACCCUCUGUAAAGAAGAAGAAGGCCAAAAAAAAGAGAAUAGAGGGUGACACGCAUUCGGAAGGUAUAAGAAGGAAGCAUAAGAAGACUCGGAAGGAGAAAAAGAUUCACAGGAAGCAGUGCGUCUUAUUACAGCGCCAUGAAGAUAAACAGAGCAAUUCAAGAGAUCCCAGCACAGACCGUGAACUUGAGGAGGGAGAAAUAAUGGCAUCAGGGGGAGAUGAGUCAAAUUCCUCUACCUCCAUCUCUGAGACCCCUAGUAGUCCCAACACUGAGGAAGUGGCUCCUGAGGCUUGGCCCCCCUGCGUACGUGUCACAGUGGUCCGUUCCCCUGCAUUACAAAUUGGAAGUCUUUUCAUCCUCACAGCAGAUGCUGCUGCUUCUAUUGGCAGGGAAAAGGACCUGGAUCAUGCGAUUCGAAUACCAGAGGCUGAAGUGAGCAAAUCACAUGCCGAGGUAUACUUUGACCUUGACCAGCAAUGCUACAUGCUGGUUGAUCUAGGGAGUCAGAAUGGAACUGUCAUCAAUGGCAACAGAAUAUUUCAGUGUUGGCGAAAUAAAGCCUUAAACAUGCGAAUCUGCACUCUGUCUCCGCACUCGCCCAAAGUUCGCUGUGAACCUUGUCCUCUCAGCCAUGGGGAUGAAGUCAGAAUAGGAGAGACUGUCCUUUCCUUUCAUAUCCACCCAGGAAAUGACACCUGUGAUGGCUGUGAACCUGGACAGAUUAUUGCUCACCUCAGUCGACAUAAGAAAGAACACAACUCGGGUCAUGUAGUAGGAGAGAACAAAGAGAUCCAGAGGCAAAGAGAGCUAAAACAGAUGAAAGUCAAAUAUGGUCUCAAGAACAGUGACUUUGAGGCCACCAAGGCUCUUAACAACCCCAUGUAUAAAGAUCGGGCUAAGACCAGGAGAUGGAUUGUUGGCAGUGAGGGAACCUUCUACAGGGAUGAUUCUCCUUCCUCUGUGCAUGUUGAGAUCAGCGAGGUCAACAAAGGCAGGAAAAUCCUAGAGAAGAUGGGAUGGAAAAAGGGGGAAGGGCUGGGAAAGGAUGGUGGUGGAAUGAAAGAUCCUAUCCAACUCCAGGUGCGGAAGGCUCAGUCUGGACUUGGCUCCUCCAUGUCCAUGGUUGUGGAUUAUGCAUCGUUGUCUUCAACCAAGAACCAUGAAAAGUGGAGGAAAGCCCAGGAGCGCUUUAUUGAGACUUGUGAAACACCCUCUCUGACUUCUAGCGCAGUUGAAGAGAAAUCAUUCAAAGCCUGGGUAAAAGGGAAGUCCACAGACUGACUGAAGAAUAUGGUUGCUCUUUUCUUUAUGUGCAAGUUAAAUUCAUAAUAAAAUUACCCAGUUGUAACUGUUA